AUGGCUCUAGCAGGUAGAGCUUUGGCAACCCAUGAUGCGGUGCUGGAUGCAGCACGGGAGAUUGAAAGCGUGCAUAAGGAGCCUGAAGACUCACACGUGAUUCAGAGCAGGACACCAGCAGCCACCUCCGAGGCAGCAGCAGCAGGGCCCGCAGAGACAGCAGCACUCUCAGCGUCAGCCAUUCCCUCAGAGUCACCCUUAUCAGCGCCCUGGAGUGCAGACUCGUGGCCAGCCUUCGGUGAAAAUAUCAACACUGGCAAUGGUGUCUUAGUAGCAUCCAGUGGUUAUGAAUCGUGCCCUGUGGUUAUCUGUGGGAGGGAACUCUUUGCAGACUUUCUGGUGAUUAAUUUGCCGAGUUUUGAUGUAGUAUUUAGGAUGGAUUGGUUAGGGUCAUUCUUUGCCACCAUUAAUUGUCGCCGUCGGAGCGUAGUAUUCGAGAUACCGGAUCACCCGAGAUUUGAGUUCACUAGUGGUAGCAUAUCAGCCAGACCUGUGGAGUUCAGAGCUAGACCGAAGAAGUCGACGUUAGCUGCAAUGCAAGUGGAAUCUGAGAAGCCAGUUGUAGUUCGGGAAUUUGAAGAUAUAUUUCCCGACGACAUUUACGGAUUGCCACCGGAUUGA